AUGAUUCAAAGAGCAGUCUCUAUAUCCAUUUUCCGAAGGAUUAUGAGAGCAAAAACAUCAAAGGAAGCAUGGAAUAUUCUACAACAAGAGUUUGAAGGAGACUCAAAGGUGAGAACUGUGAAACUUCAAUCUCUUAAGAGAGACUAUGAAAAUGAAAGAAUGAAAGAUAAUGAGAGUUUGAAUGAAUACUUUAAUAGACUAUCUGAAUUGGUGAAUCAAAUGAAGUCACAUGGAGAUACAAUAGAUGAUCGCAUAAUUAUUGAUAAAAUUCUGAUUAGUUUGAUAGAAAAAUUUGAUCCUAUGAUGGCUAUUAUAGAAGAAACUAAGGACCUAUCAACUAUGUCUCCCAACAAUGGUGAAAAUAAUCCCCCAAUACAAAAUAGAGGUGAGUCUUCUAGAGGUGGCAGAUUUGAAAGAGGCUUGGGUAGAGGAAGAAACUCACGAGGAAGAGGCGCGAAUGGCGGAAGAUGGCAUGAAGGAGAAUCAAAUAAAUGGUGCAAAAUCUAUAAGAGUAACACUCACAACGAGAAUGAUUGCUGGAACAAGGGCAAACCACAAUCUCACAAUUACAAGAGAUUCAGGCAUAUUCAAAAGGAUUGUCAUUUUGUCAAUCAACAACAUGCUUCAUUUGUAGAAGGAGAAAAUGAUGAAGGUAAUUUGUUCUUUGCUUGUCAAAAAGCAUUUCAAGAAGAUAAAAAUGUGUGGUAUUUGGAUAGCGGUUGUAGCAACCAUAUGACCGGAAAGAAAGAAGAUUUUAUAAACAUUGAUUCUUCAUUUGGCUCAAAAGUUGAAUUGGGAAAUGGAGAACAUGUUGAAGUAAAAGGAAAAGGCAGCAUCGGAGUUACAACAAAGCAAGGAAGCAAAGUCAUUAAUGACACUCUUUAUGUGCCAGAGUUGGAUGAGAACUUGCUAAGCAUUGGACAACUUUUGGAGCAUGGCUAUUCUCUAAAUUUUGAGAAUCGUGAGUGCAUAAUUUUUGAUUCAAAGAGAAGAAAUGUUGUUGUUGUAAAAAUGACCAGUAAUAGAAGCUUUCCACUUUCUCUUAAUUAUGAAAAAAAUUCAGCAUGA